CCAAAAUCAUCAAAGUUGACAUGAAGUAUUAGAUUUUUUUUUUUUUUUUUGAUGUUAUGGUAAUAAGGUAAAUUGGUAAUAGUACACCACGUGACACUCUCCACUCCACAACUCCACACUCUCUAACUACCUAACGGUAGUACAGCAGUUUCAUCAGGCGCUCAUUUUGCUCAAACUUCUUAUUUAUUCAUUCAAACUCACAACCCCUCUUUUCACUCUCUAAAACCACCACUCCAUUUCCAGAUUCCACAAUUCUCCAUCCUCAAUUCUCUUUCUAGAGAGAGAAAGAGGGAGCGGCGACACCGUUGUUGCACGGCGUCGAUAAAUCGGAGGAAACGCAGGCACCGUUGUUGCACGGCGUCGCUAAAUCGGAGAAAAUAGAGGCACCGUUGUUGCACGGCGUCGCUAAAUCGGAGGAAAUGGAGGCUUCAUUGUUGCACGGCGUCGAUAAAUCGGAGGAAAUGGAGGCACCGUUGUUAAUGUUGCACGGCGACGAUAAAUCGGAGAAACCUGACGCCGCCGGAUCCGACACCGGAGAUGACGGUGAUUAUCCGGUGGUGACGAACUUUAAGGAAGCGAAAUCGGUGUUAUGGUUAGAGACGGCGAAGCUAUGGAAAGUUGGUUGUCCGAUAGUGUUCAACAUAGUUUGUCAGUUUAGUACCGGUGCUCUUACCAAUAUGUUUGUUGGUCAUCUUGGUGAUCUUGAACUUUCUGCUGUUUCAAUUUCUCUCUCCGUCAUCGGCACCUUCUCCUUCGGUUUACUGCUUGGUAUGGGAAGCGCACUCGAGACCUUAUGCGGCCAAGCCUUCGGUGCAGGACAAGUAACCAUGCUAGGAUCAUACCUACAACGCUCAUGGAUCAUCCUAUUCCUCAGCUGUUUCGUACAACUCCCCAUCUACAUCUUCGCCGGACCACUCCUAAAACUCAUCGGACAAAACCACGACAUAGCAACCCUCGCCGGAAAAUUCACCAUCCUCACAAUUCCCCAACUAUUCUCACUAGCCUUAAACUUCCCUACCCAGAAAUUUCUACAGUCUCAAAGCAAGGUCAAUGUAAUGGCUUGGAUCGGGUUUUUCGCUUUGGUUGAACAUGUUAUGCUUCUAUGGCUUUUUAUGAAUGUGCUUGGUUGGGGUUUGAGUGGGGCUGCGGCGGCGUAUAAUUUCACGAGUUGGAUGGUUGCGAUAGCACAGGUGGUUUAUGUUUUUGGGUGGUGUAAGGAUUCUUGGUCGGGGUUUUCGUGGGCGGCGUUUAAGGAGAUAUGGGCGUUUGUUCGGCUUUCGGUUGCUUCUGCUAUUAUGAUUUGUCUUGAGAUUUGGUAUAUGAUGAGUAUUUCGCUUCUUGCUGGGCAUCUUCCGAAUGCUGUGGUUGCUGUUGGGUCUCUUUCUAUCUGCACGAAUAUAAAUGGAAUUGAAGCUAUGAUAUUCAUCGGAGUAAAUGCUGCUGUAAGUAUUCGUGUAUCAAAUGAGCUAGGAUCGAAGCAUCCAAGGGCAGCCAAAUACAGUGUUUACGUUGCAGUUUUCCAGUCUUUCGUUCUGGGGAUUUUGUGCAUGGUCCUUAUCCUUUUUGCUAGAGACCAUUUUGCUGUUAUUUACACUGACAGUAAGGUGUUGCAACAAGCAGUCUCUAAAUUAGCUUGGCUUCUUGGUAUAACAAUGGUUCUUAACAGUGUUCAGCCCGUCGUUUCAGGAGUGGCUAUUGGAGGGGGAUGGCAAGGCAUUGUGGCGAAACUAAACCUGCUUUGCUAUUAUGGUUUUGGGUUACCUCUUGGCUAUUAUCUCGGAUAUGUAGCAGAUUUUGGAGUGACGGGCAUUUGGGGGGGCAUGAUAGCUGGUACUGCCUUGCAGACAUUUAUUCUACUCGUCAUUCUUUUCCGAACAAACUGGAAUUCAGAGGUGGAGAAAACAAGUAGCCGCAUGGACAAGUGGGGUGGCCAGAAGACCAAGACAGAUGACAUUGAGGCUCGGGACAUCAGGACAUAUCACAUUGAGGGCCAUGAGGCCCAGGACGUCAAGACGGAUAACAUUGAGGGCCAUGAGGCCCAAAACAUCAAGACCGAUAACAUUUGAGGGCCAGGAGGCCCGGGAUAUCAAGACGGAUAACAUUGAGAAACGACGUAUGAGUGACUUGGAUUGACUAAUUAAUGUUCUUGAUCGAUGUCACAUUAGGCUCUCUAAUCACUUGAUGUUGACUUAGCGGAGUAUUAGAUCCUUCUUUCACUAGAAAAUUCUUGCGGAAACUGCGUGUUUAAGUAAAGAGGACUGCAAGUCAUUAUGCUGAUGAGAAUAAUUUUGUUUCCCAUAGUGUGGAAUCCCCGAAUCUCUACUCUAUUCCCCCGAGCUUUAUUGCUUACCCAUCCAGAGCACGUGUUGUGAUUGAGGGUUAAUUUCUCAUUAAACAAAAAAAAAAAGGCAUUGCUUGUCUAGAAGCCCUAGCAAGAUGGUCUCAUCAAACAUGUAUUCCUAAACAUUUUGCAGAAGAUAUGAAAUUUGUUUUAUUCUCUUCUAA